AUGGACGUCCUGGUCAAGACAUCCGACAUCACAGGCGGCAGCCGUGGCCUCUUCGCAAAGAAAGACUUUGCAGCCGGUGACCUCAUCCUCUCACUCGACCGGCCAUAUGUCGCCGAGCUCGACAUCGAGAGAUUGAAGGAUACCUGCGCCUGGUGUCUCCAGCGUGGUGCGACGGAUGACUUUGAGCGACAGAGGAGAGCGGCCUUAGGCAAUUUCACGAAUUCCAUCAUUGACACCAAAGCGUGCACGGGGUGCAAGCGUGUUCGGUACUGCUCCAAGUCAUGUCAGAGCAAAGCGUGGAAGCGAGAGCACAAGUAUGAGUGCAAAGUCCUCGCUCCUGACAACAGGCCUGAUCUGCCGCAUGGUGUCAGAGCUGUCGUGAAGCUGCUGGGUCGCAUGAAGAACGAUCCCGAGGGAAAGGACGAAGCUCUACUCGACAUUCUUCAAUUCUGGCCUGCUGGAGUGGCGGAUAAGAGUGCGCUUGAUGAGUUCAAGAAGCAGAACCAGCACAGGUAUGAGGACUUUGGCAUGCUGGCGUAUGGCUCUUGGAAGUAUGCUGGCGAGCCGAAUAUGGGAGGGACCGAGUCGGAGGCCAUUGCGAAAGGGCUGUUCUUUAAUGUUAUGAGCAACACUGUACAGCUGAGCAACCCUCUCGACGACACAUCUCUAGGCAUGGGCUUCGAUCCAAUCAUGUGCAGCGCCAACCACUCUUGCGAUCCCAACGCCGCUGCACUCUUCAACCAGCCCAGGCAGAUCCUUCGCGCACUCAAGCCGAUCAAGAAAGGCGAAGAACUCUUCAUGAAGUACACCGACGUCUCGAACCCCCUCUGUGUUCGUCAAGCAGAGCUCAAAGGCUACUACUUUUUCACCUGCCAAUGCCCUCGCUGCAAACAAGGGCCAAUCUUUGCAGAGGACACCUUCCUCAAGCCUCCGGAACAGCUCAAGUCUGAGUUCGCCACCAUUGCAGACAGCGUUCUGAUCCCGUGGCACGAGAAGUCCUUAGCUGCGUUUUCCGUACCUUCGUCAGAUCCAACAGCUGGCAGGCGUAUGGCUGCCCUCCAAGCAGAAGCAUUCUCCGUCAGUGGUCUGAGCGAAGACCUCAACCGAGGCAACACAGAUGCUGGUGAAGACGAGGUCAAGGAUGCUUUGAAACUCUGCCUGAACAGCGAGAUGUGGAGCUACACUCGCCAACCAGUACCACAUCUCAUCCGUCAACUCCUUGUCAUCUACCUAUCCCAGGGCAGAAUGUACGCAGCCUGGCGUUUAGGCGCCUUCCGUCACUUCCUGAUCGCUCCAGAUCUCUACCCUCAGCCAUUCUACCCGGAUCGUGUCAUCGACUGCUGGCUCAUGGCGACGGUGACCAACAGUCUCUGCAAUCCGAAUAUCCCAAGCCACAAAGAGAUCUUCGAGCAAUGCCUGCAAAGUGGCUUCGAUCUGCGGAUCGUGUACUUUGGGUUCCUGCUCGAAACACGAGAGCAGAUUGAGAAGAGCUAUGGCAGAGACUCGCCGUUCGGAAGAUUGGUGGAGACUGUGUAUCAGCAGACUGUCCAGAACACGGAUAUCAGCUUGACCCAGAUCAAGGAGAAGAUCAAGGAGAACUGGCCCAAGCUGGAAGCUGUGGCGAAGAACGUGGACGUUCUGAAGCUUUGA